GAGGAGCGCGGCCGCGGGGGGCGGACGCCAGCGCCCGCGGCGCGCGAUGCCGGGCUGCCGAGUGUGAGCUCAGCCGGGAGGGCCCCGAACCACCUACGUCCCCCUCCCCUCUCCCAGCCUCCCAUCUUUCGGGAGCACCCCAGACCCCCUUCCCCGGAGCUCGGCGGCAGCCCCUGACGACUCCCGUCGCCCGCCGCCGCCACCAACCCCGAGGAGGGAUGACCCUCUCCGGCGGCGGCAGCGCCAGCGACAUGUCCGGCCAGACGGUGCUGACGGCCGAGGACGUGGACAUCGAUGUGGUGGGCGAGGGCGACGACGGGCUGGAGGAGAAAGACAGCGACGCGGGCUGCGACAGCCCCGUGGGGCCGCCGGAGCUGCGCCUGGACGAGGCGGACGAGGUGACGCCGGCGGCACCCCUCCACGGGCAGCCCCAGCCGCCGCACCAGCAGCCCCUGGCGCUGCCCAAAGAGGCGACCGGAGCCGGGGCUGGGCCAGGGGGCGAGGCGGGCGCUCCCGAAGCUGACGGCUGCAAGGGCGGCGAGGAGGGCGGCGGGAGCGGCGGCGGCGGGCCGGGCGCGGGCGGCGGCGCGGCGGGCGGCCUGGCCCCCAGCAAGCCCAAGAACAGCCUGGUGAAGCCGCCCUACUCCUACAUCGCGCUCAUCACUAUGGCCAUCCUGCAGAGCCCGCAGAAGAAGCUGACCCUGAGCGGCAUCUGCGAGUUCAUUAGCAACCGCUUCCCCUACUACCGGGAGAAGUUCCCCGCCUGGCAGAACAGCAUCCGCCACAACCUCUCGCUCAACGACUGCUUCGUCAAGAUCCCCCGCGAGCCGGGCAACCCGGGCAAGGGCAACUACUGGACCCUGGACCCGCAGUCCGAGGACAUGUUCGACAACGGCAGCUUCCUGCGGCGCCGGAAACGCUUCAAGCGCCACCAGCAGGAGCACCUGCGCGAGCAGACGGCGCUCAUGAUGCAGAGCUUCGGCGCUUACAGCCUGGCGGCGGCUGCGGGCGCCGCGGGGCCCUACGGCCGCCCCUACGGCCUGCACCCCGCGGCCGCGGCCGGCGCCUACUCCCACCCGGCGGCCGCGGCGGCCGCGGCGGCGGCGGCGGCGCUCCAGUACCCGUACGCGUUGCCGCCGGUGGCCCCCGUGCUGCCGCCCGCGGUGCCGCUGCUGCCCUCGGGCGAGCUGGGCCGCAAAGCGGCCGCCUUCGGCUCGCAGCUCGGCCCGGGCCUGCAGCUGCAGCUGAAUAGCCUGGGCGCCGCCGCGGCCGCCGCGGGCACGGCGGGCGCUGCGGGCACCACGGCGUCGCUGAUCAAGUCCGAGCCGAGCGCCCGGCCGUCGUUCAGCAUCGAAAACAUCAUCGGCGGGGGCCCCGCGGCGCCCGGGGGCUCGGCAGCGGGCGCUGGGGGCGCCGGGGUAACUGGGGGCGCUGGGGGCGCUGGGGGCGGCAGCGCGGCGCAGUCCUUCCUCCGGCCGCCCGGGACCGUGCAGUCCGCGGCGCUCAUGGCCACGCACCAGCCGCUGUCGCUGGGCCGGACGACGGCCACCAUCGCGCCCAUCCUGAGCGUGCCGCUCUCUGGACAGUUCCUGCAGCCCGCAGCCUCGGCCGCCGCCGCCGCCGCCGCCGCCGCGCAAGCAAAGUGGCCGGCUCAAUAG